UAUUUUUUUAUGUGUAUAACUGUCAAAUGUGCGCAUUGGUUAACAUUGUACACCAAUGUCAUUUCGUUCGAAAAAAAUAUUACAUUGUUUUUAUAACGAAUAUCACUUAACAUCAAUAUUGAUAAUUCGUGGAAAUGGAGUUUAUACAUGACAGGACAAUGUUACAUUGGCUAAUGGUGACGUGUAGGCGUGUGUUGUCUUGGAACCGACUUUAGAAUGUAUUCAGAAGCGAUUGAAUAAAUUGUCAAGCGUUAGCAAAUUCCGAUCAUCAUUGUUUAAAAGUGGUCAGCUUUAAAAAAAGUACUUGGUCAUUUGGUAAUCAGAACGAUUAUUGGCGUGAUACGAUAUACGAGUUGUGUUAUUUAAUUACAAAAAUGUUCGCAAUUUUCGCACUUCUGUUUUCGAUAGUCUUCGCAUCUGACAAGAGUUUGAAUAGAACGGAUUUGAAAUGUGCGGGAUUUGCUAUUCAUAACGUAUCUCUUUCCGCAUAUUAUCCUGUAUUCGAGACGGACGAUAAACGUAAUUAUUUAGAUGAUCAAGGAAAUGGAUUGAAGACUCUUCAGGAUUAUCUUGAUGGUCGUGCUCGUUAUGUUACUGUCGCUGGUAAUUUGAAAUCUGGCAUUCCAUAUGGAACGAAGAUAUGUAUAGAAGAAUUGAAUGAGCAAUUCGGGAAACAAAUUCCCCUGCAGAUAAGGGAUCAGAGUGAUUACGAAAGCAAUAAACUAAUCGAUUUCUCGAGAUUGGAAAUUUGCGUCAGGACUGAGGAAGAUACUUACGAUAAAUAUCUCAACGAUUUUGUUACUAUCUAUAUAUAA